GAAAGCCCCACGGCACUAUCCACAACGUCGAAUUAAUCACAGCGAUUUCGUCGCGAGGCUGAUGAGCAGUAGCAGUGCAAACGGAGAGUGCAGGCAAACUUUUGCGGCAUAGUUGGGUGCCCCUUCCCGUUCAAGAAAUAGGGUAUAGCUGGUAGGGGUCCAAUUCCCACCCCUCCCAUCUCUUGUAGAUGGGCCUCACCCUCCUGCACAAAUGGCAGUCAAGCAGUUUAUCGAGAUUAAAUUCAGGCCUGCCACGGCCGACAAGGCCACUUCUGCAUCCGGACCUUCAACCCUCAAAGGGGCCUCCCGCGUGCAGAUCCGCAAGGACUCCCUGAUCGAGUUGACAGGGAGCGUCGAGAACGGCCGGCUCUGCUACAUCGAAAGGAUCGUGCCCGAGGGCUCUGCCACUGACGGCCCCGCCCCGACGAGGAGGGAGGCCGUGUUAUGGCUGACCCCUGACCCCAACCUCGGCCGUGCCGUCGCAAAGGUCUCCCGCUCGUUCCAGGAGGCGGCUGGCCUGAAUUACACCGACACCUACCGCAUCAUCGCCGCCGAGUCCGCCCCCGAGGCCGCCAAAGAUGUCGUCUUUGAGGAGAUCACGCCUGUGGACUCGGCCCCGCCCAUCCAGGACAAGUGGAUGGCGUCCUGGGUCGCCAACCUCAAGGCCGAGCUCGACAUCCUCGACCUCGUCUUUCCAGGCAUGGUGCUCAAGGACAUCACUUUCAUGAGGCAGAAGCGGACCUUUGUCUUGCGCUCCGUCAACGGGCUCGAGCACAACGACUGCUGUGUCGUACCCGAGACGAGCUGCGCCAUCGUCACCAGCGCCGAGGCCGCAGCAGAAGCCGCGGCAGCCCUCCUACCACCCCCAGACCUCCAGGUCGCCGCGAUCGAGGGCCUGGAGGAGCAGGUCCGGGAGCUCAACUGCGCCCUGGAGCUCCUCAGCGGGCGGUUCAGCGCCUCGAUGGGGACGGCGGGCCUGGUCCUGCACGGCGGCGCCGGCACCGGCAAGAGCACGGUCCUGGACCGCAUCGCCGCCACGGGCUGGGGCACCGUCCACCGCAUCCGGCCUACAGACAAGAGCAGCGCCAUCGCCGACGUCUUCAAGGCGUGCCGCGCCCAGCCGCGCGGCCUCGUCCUUAUCGACGACCUGGACAAGCUGAUCGACAAGGAACGCGCGAACCGGUCCACCGUCGUCAACGCGCUCGCCGAGGGCCUCGAUGCUCUCAGCGCGGACAUGAGCAAUGAUAACGAGAAAGCCCCGCUCGUCGUCGUCGUUGCCGUCUGCCGCGAUUAUCUCACCAGCAUUCCCGAAGAGCUCCGCUACAACGGACGCCUCGAAUGGGCGGUGCUGCUGCCCCCUCUAGACGCCAACAGACGCCGUGCCAUCAUCUCGGCCCUUACCAGCAAGACCAUCCACGCAGACGCACGCCCGGACGUGGUGUCUAGUCUCAGUGAGCGCACACAUGCAUACAACGGUCGCGAUCUCCAGAAGCUGCUGCGCCGGGUGGCGGGUCUGACGCUCGAGAAGAUGAAACUCGGCGGACUUGCUGGCUCACCUACACCCGACGCGGCCGUGACCGGGGAUCCAACCAGAAAGCCGGAGGACGAGCGUGACCAACAGCCGUCACAGUCGCCGCCCCCCGAGCCACCCCGGGGCCCGGCCUUCUACCGCGACGUGGUCGAGACGGCGCUCCUCAAGGUGCGCCCCACGGCCAUGCAGGACGUCAACCUCAAGCCCCCUCCCGUGCGGUGGGACGACAUCAGCGGGCAGGACGCGGUCAAGGAGGAGCUCCGGUUCGCCGUCGGCGUGCUCACCAUGCCGCCCGACGACCUCGCCGAGCACAUCGGCGCGCCCCCCAAGGGCUUCCUCCUCUACGGCCCGCCCGGCUGCUCAAAGACCAUGACGGCCCAGGCCGUGGCGACCGAGUGCGGCCUCAACUUCUUCGCCGUCAAGGGCGCCGAGCUGCUAAACAUGUACGUGGGCGAGUCUGAGCGCCAGGUCCGCGACCUCUUCGCCCGCGCCCGCGCCGCCGCCCCGAGCAUGAUAUUUUUCGACGAGAUCGACUCCAUCGCCGGCUCCCGCAAAGGCUUCGGGGACGGUUCGUCAUCGUCGUCAGGCGGCAGCGGCCUCAACGUCCUGACGACGCUCCUCAACGAGAUGGACGGCUUCGAGGACCUGCGCGGCGUCCUGGUGCUCGCCGCCACCAACCGGCCCCAGUCGCUCGACCCGGCCAUCAUGCGUCCCGGCCGCUUCGACGAGAUCGUCUACGUGCCCCCGCCCGACGCCGCCGCCCGCGAGUCCAUCCUGCGCCGCGCCCUCGCGCCCCGCCGCCUGGCCCCCGGCACCGACUUUGCCCGCCUCGUCGCCCUGUCCGAAGGGAACUCGGGCGCCGAGGUCGUCGGCGCCUGCCGCAACGCGGGCAAGCUGUCGCUCCGGCGGAGACAGAAGCUGCGGGAGGGCGGCGGUGAUGAUGGGUACGAGGGAAUAUCGAUGCAGGAUUUGGAGACGUCCAUCGCGAGCCAGCGGAAGCUCAUCACGGCAGAUAUGCUGCAGGCGUAUGCUGACUGGGAGAGACAGUUUCGGUAGGUCGUGUUUGCUGGGUUUGUUUGAUUUUGCUGCGUUGGGACAAAAAAAUACGGGAGUUGGAGGAUUCAUCAUGUCUUUUAUACCACCAUUGGAAGAACCAAAGAGAUUAUCCGUGAUGAUGUGAAUUCGGCCACUAUAAAACUCUAGUGACCUCGAGCAAUGGAAAGAACAAGAGAUGUUAUACAAUA